CCAAUCGCGCCGGAAGAGAAGAAGGUCUCUUUCCCGGCCAUCUUGUGGCAAUAUCUAGCGAACUGUUCGCCUCAAGCCCCGUAGAAUCGGAGGAGAAUCCCGCUGAAGGGGCGCCAUCAUGCCCGGACAUCUGCAAGAAGGUUUCGGCUGCGUUGUAACAAAUCGGUUCGACCAAUUAUUGGAUGACGAGUCCGACCCUUUCGAGGUGUUAAAGGCGGCGGAGAACAAGAAGAAGGAGGGGGCUGUUGCUGGUGCCGCCAAGACUGCAGCCCAGGCAGCUAAGCAACCGAAAAAGGAGUCCCAAAAAGACAGGAAGAAUCCCCUUCUUGACAAGAAGGAGGAAUCGCAGGCACCAGUGCCUCUUAAGAAAGAAGGUAUCCGGAGAGUGGGCCGACGGCCUGACCAGGAGGCCCGGCAGCCGGGCCAGGGGGGCGGCCAGCAGCAGGGGGGGCAGGGCGAGGGUCGGCCUGGGGACAGGAGGCCUGAACGGAGGCCCCCCCGUGAACGGCGCUUCGACAAACCGGCUGAGGACAAACCCGAGGGAGGGGAGUUCUCUGUGGAAAAGUCUGUGAGCGACAGGCCUCUGCGGGGACGCGGCGGUGGCCGAGGGGGGCGCGGCGGCCGAGGGCGUGGCAUGGGACGGAGCGACGGCUUUGACUCUCGCGGAAAGCGUGAAUUCGACCGGCACAGCGGAAGCGACAAAUCCAGCCUGAAACCCGAAGAAAAGCGUGGAGGGAGUGGAUCUCACAACUGGGGCACUGUGAAGGAUGAGAUGAGCACCGAACUGGAUCAGUCCAAUGUAACUGAGGAAACCCCAGAAGGAGAGGAACACCCUCCUGCUGACUCUGAGAACAAGGAGAACGAGGUGGAGGAGGUGAAAGAGGAGGGGCCUAAAGAGAUGACCCUGGAUGAGUGGAAAGCUAUGCAGGACAAGGAGCGCGCCAAGGUGGAGUUCAACAUCCGGAAGGCCAAUGAGGGCACCGAUGGACAAUGGAAGAAGGGCUAUGUAUUGCACAAGUCCAAAAGCGAAGAUAGACCUCCUGGUGCUUUAAUCGAACCUGCUGAGAUGGAACCUGAAUCACCCGGCCUCUACCCAAAGGCCAAUGCUGACGAAGCCUCUGGCGACCACCAUUUCCGCAAGCCAGCCAAUGACAUCACAUCCCAGCUGGAGAUCAACUUUGGGGACCUGGGCCGCCCAGGCCGUGGGCGUGGGGGUCCCCGUGGUGGGAGAGGUGGGCGAGGUGGCCCUGGCGGAAGUGGCGGGACCAGGCCGGCACGUGGGGGCAGAGUCGACAAGCCCAGUGGAGUGUCCGUCCCCAACGUGGAUGACCCAGAGGCGUUCCCAGCUCUGGCCUGAAAGAAUUGGUGGCCAGCUGACCGCCCCCCCCCCCUUCUCCCCUCCCCUGCCUUCCCUGAAAAGCCCUUCUGGGUCAUCCUCCACGAGGCUUGCAUGCUUACAGGUCCUUCAACUGUAACAAAAAAAAAAACAUGAAAAAAAGACUCAUCCAUACCAUUCGCACCCAAGGACAGAAUACCAAUUGUUUUUAAAAAAAAAGACAAAAAAAAGUGGAAAAAGGACACUCCUGCUACACUGAAGCAGAAUAUUGGUAGAGGUUUUGUAUUUAGAAACAUGGUAGCAGGGAUGUUUUCAUACAGUAUUUUUUUCAGAGAUUAUGCAUUCUUCAUGAAUACGUUUUGUAUUGCUGCUUGAAAAUAUGCAUUUCCAAAUAUAGGUGUGAAGAGUGUAUCGGUUAGCUCACUGUGUUCCAUGGCUUGCUUUUUUGCCCUUAAGAAUUACAACUUCUGACGAGCUUUUAGGGAUCAUCUUUGAGCCAUCUAGGUCUACCAAAAGGAGUAUGUUGGGAGGGGAAAAGUUACUGCAUUAUUCUAAGUGAGAUGUACAGGACUUUAAGUGCUUUGGUUUUCGUAUAUAUAUACAUAUAUAUAUAUUUUUAAAUGUUUAAGUGAAAGACCUAAAGUCUAGUAACUCCACAUUUAUGAAGAUAUUUCUAAAACUUUUUUUUUCUGCUAGUCGUGCAGUCUAAGUUUAAUUGCCUCUGCCGUUUGAGCUUUUAUUCUGGUGGACUAUCGGUCCUUGUCUGUGAACCUAGUUCCGCUGGAGAACUCUACCAUGAUUUCAGUCGACGUGAAGCCCGAGCUAGUUCUGAGCCAGUCCUUGGUUCACAUAGGUAAGUUUUUUUUUUUUUUUUUUUUCUUUUCUUCUUAAAUAGAGCAAGGACCUUCGGACCACUAAUAGAAUGUAGUUUGCGUGAUGACCACUUAAAAUUGAAGUACCCUCCCCCCGAUAUUUUUUUGUUCUAAAGUUAGACUGCAGCUUUAACGUCUUUAAUUUUACCCAGAUUAAAGGUUUCGUGUGAAAACCCAAUGGAUGAUUUUUUUUUUUUUUAUGUCUACAUAUCUUGCACUUGGUUGUAUGAGACUAGUAUGAACUUGCCAGUUUUAUCACUCUCCACACCGUGAGAUUUUUUUUUUUAACUUUUUGUUGAUUUGUUGAUUUACCUUUUUAUUUUUCUCCUUUUCUUAGUUUACAGCAGCACUACUGCAUAAUUUUUCUGAAAGAAAUGCUUAUUUUUCAUGUAAAAUAAGUCAAGUGCUAUGAAGUGUAUGAAUGCUAACCAUGCCAGGAGACCACUGUGUCUGUGUGUGAAAUGGGGAUUUGAUCGGGCUGCUGCGGCCAGUUUUACAUUGGCGAAGGGCAGGGAGGGAGAACACUACUGUCAGCUAAAGGAAGCAGUAUUGGAUGUUGGAACAAUUUUCUGGAAGCAUACAGACACAGGUGGUUUAGGCAGAAUAUCUGUUGAACUGUUGGGUCUAGAUGCAGUUGGCCCUCUUGACUUAACACCCCCCUCCCCCCUACUGCGAACAUCCCUGUUCUAAUAAAUUGCUUAGAGGUGUUA